UGCCUCGAUUCUUCAUGAACAUUUGCGAAUCGUGCUUGGUUCACUGUUGUUAGCGCCUAACUGCAUUCAUUCAACCCAGAAUUGAUUCUCAGAAAAGCGGAACACGUGACAGAGAAAAUAAGGAGGUAACGUUAUAUAAACACAGUGAAAGUGAUACAGAGUUCUGUUCAAACCUUCCACCUCACCUAAACCUGAGGCAUCAUGCAUCAUCCUAGCCCCAUGAGCAGUGAGCUGGGCUUGUUGCCUGCCAUGUACUCAUUCCCUGGCCGUAUCAACGUCACUGAAAUCGGGAUCAAUAUUGGCCCUGCAAAUACCUGUCAACACCUGCCGGGAGUGUUGCCCCCAAACACGAGUUGGGAGAGACGAUGCCUGAGAAAGCACAGGAGGAGAGCAGAUGACGAAGGAUGCAGUGCCAAAAGGAGGAGGCUGAUGGAAGAGGCAGGAUGCGAUCCUUUGGAUUACCUCAGCCCCAAAGUGUUUCAUAACUGGCCACCAGGCAACAGCAGCCCCCCUCUACCUGAAUUAUCUAGCCAAGCACUCCCCCAGGCCUGUCUGGGGACUCAGGACCUGGGGCUGCCCUUAUCCGGGUCUUCUUCCAUUCUGGCCUGUCCAGAAGCAGAAGGCUCCUGCAUGGAGGUGGAAGCAGCACAGAGGAGACUGCAGGAGAUUGAGGAGAGGAUCACCCUGGAGGAUGAUGACGACGAUGAGGACCUGGAUGUGGAGUCAGCACCCAGGAGGCCCAUGCUGGUGAUGUCUGACAGUCUGAGGGAGGGGCUUCAGCGUGGCAUCAGUGACAUCCUCCCCCACACUGUGGCCCAGUCUGUGAGCCACUCCUGUAUGGAGCUGGUAGUAUGGCGCCCCCCAGAGGUUGCGCUGGCCCGGCGGCUGAAGGACUCCCUACAGAGGCAGAGGAAGCAGCAGAUUACCAGCAGGCAACCCCAGAGCCCUAGUGCCUCUCUGAGUUCCCUCACCCCCACAAACACCCCAGGGGAGACAUACUCCCCUAUGUAUUGCAGCCCAGGGGCAGGUGCCCACAGCGCUGGAGAGGAGGACAUGGAGCUGUAGGGCCUGGGAGAACCAGCAUCAGUUGUGCCGAGAACAGCUACAGCUCUCAGCCUUGGUUCACUUUGUUGACCUUUGAGAAGCCAUGGAGAGGCAGAGAUGACAGCAUAGACAGAUCCAAAAGCUUCAUAGUGAUAUGCGUUCACAUGCUAUCAAGGUUAUCAGAAGCUCCUAGUUCCCAGUGGACAUUUUACUUGAACAACUCUCCAUGUUGGAAUUACAAGUGGGAAACUGACAAAAUGUUGUUACUCGAGAUGUGAUGUUUCAAAACUGACCGUUUACCUUUUCAAACAAUCAAUUUGACAAAUACAACCUUAUCAAUAUUGAUAAUCUAGCUAGUUUGACCCUAUUGUCAAUGUUAAGCAAACUUGCUAGCUAAAAUCUUAGUGGUUGAAGAAUUGUUAAGACUUCAAAAGCAUUUGAACACAAUCAUGUCGGACUUCCCAGUUUCCCAUUUCUCACGAGCGUGUGAAGCCACCAUAUUCAACGUCCACUUUGGUUCAAGACCAGACUGUUGGGCAGCAUGGCAUGUGUAUGCCACUUGGCCAAAAGAGGGAUAGCAACCCCUUUCUUUACGUUACAAUCAGAUAAUGCUGGAUUUUAGUCCUUACUAUGAUCCAGGAAAAUAUGCAAUGGGACAAAUUGUAACAAGUACCACAAAGCCACAGUCAUUUACAAAAGACACCUUUUAAAGUUGUAAUAUGUAACCUUUUGAGCGACCUGCCGAAAUGUGUGUUAUAGAUCUGCCAUUUUCAUUGAAAGCAAGUCUAAAGGCGUCCUCAUGCUUCCCAGCCAAAACAGUUAGGAACAGUUUGUGCAUAUAUUAUGACAUUUUGACAUGUUUUUGUUUGUUUUGGACUUCGGUAACGGUUGUUUCAGGCAAACGUUUUUUUUCUUGAGGCAAGCCGAAGUCUGUAGCCAAAUUCUACGCCCCUUCGUCAGUGGUUGGUCAACCGUAAGGAUUCUUUAAUAGUUUUUGUUGUGAUUCAACAAGAGACGACUUGUUUUGCACCAAAUAUCUUAGUUAGAUGUAGAAUUGCGUGACUACGAUCUCCUUGGGAAAAACGUAAAUUAAUGACAGAUUUCUUGAGUUAUCUUAGAGUAAUUCUGACUACUUUGAGGAAGUGUAUACAGGCUACGCUGUCUCAAAAUAGACAUGGUACUAUUGCCGCUUUUUACUUGUUUUUCAAGCAAAGGUCUUAAGGGAGUAUGUGAGCACACUUGUUCAGCUGGCCUAGCUGAGUUUGGCUAGGCACCAGCUGAACUGAAGCAUGCUGAUGCCUUAAGAAGUGUUCGAUCUGUUCUAUGUGCACUAUUUCUAUGCUUCCCGUUCUUGAGAUUCGUUUUUGUGUCUUUUACUUUCGGUUUUGCACACAGUUGAAAAUACAAUAUUUUGGUUAUGGAAAAUAUAUUUAACAGUGGUUUAGAUGGUACAAUGAUUCUAUACUUUACUUGCUUGUUUUGUCACAUAAACUGAAAUUAGGCGAACUAAUAGAAUUUUCGCAACCAGGAAAUGGAGGGAUUUCUGCAUAGUGCACCUUUAAUGAAAUGUCUCAGUUGAAACUUUUAAGACCAGUGCCAGCACACUCUGUUGUAAUCCUAAUGUAACAACUUGGCUAAGUGGUCUGCUUAGCCAACUUGGAGAAGUCUCUGUUUUGUUGUAGUUACAUUAAAUGCAAGCAAAUAAGA